GUCAGUGUCAGAUUUUAUUUAUUUAUUUUAUUGUCAUAUAAUGUCAUAUUUUAAUUUUAUUAUUGUCAAAUAGCAGAAGUGUGGUCUUGCUUUGCUUGUGUUUUUCUAAAAUACAAACAAUAUACAUAUAUUAUAAAAUAAAAAUAUUAGAACAUAAAUAUUAAUUAAUUCAAGUGCAUAAAUCACAUCAACCCAAUGGAAGUAAAACAAGAGCAAAACAACUUUUUGGAUGAAGAUUGCAAGAUCAAAAUAGAAAAUAUUAACUUAUCCCAUGAUGGACUUUACCAUUCUGUUAAACUUGAAGUAAAGGAUGAGUUAUCUCCGGCAGAUUCGCCUAAUACGAAUACAAUUAAUUAUUGUGGGGAUGGGUACUCUUCAGACAAAUUAAAGGUGGAAACUAUUGUUAAGGACAUCAAAUUAGAGGAGACUGAAGCUGAACCUCAACAAACUGAAAAUGAUCAUGAGCUUGAACAACAUGGACAUAAAGUGCUUCACUUGCCUCCCUAUCAUCAGGAGUUAAACCCUAUCGAAAAAAUAUGGGCUUUGGUAAAAGGUAGGGUGGCCAGUCAUAAUACAACACUUAGCAUAAAUAAUGUUGAAAACAUAACGAGAAAAAAAUUUCAGCAGUGUCGAUAGAAGAGUGGGCUAUGCUUCUUUUCAUGAGCAUUUUUCAGUGCGUCACAAAUGAUAGAAAAAAGGGUGUCUGGAGAAAAAUACCGAAACAAUCAAAACAUUUGUACAACCAUGUCAUAAAGAGCAAAAUACGGGUGCGAAAAAAUCUUAUCAAUGUGAAAUUUGUUUUAAGCCGUUUUCUGAAAAACGUAAUUUAAAAAUACAUACGAUGACGCACACUGAAGAAAAGCCGUAUAAAUGUGAAAUGUGUUCAAAGUCGUUUUCCUAUGUGUGUCUUUUAAAGGCACAUAUUAGAAAACACACGGGAGAAAAACCGUUUCAAUGUGAAAUUUGUUGUAAGUCCUUUUCCCAAAAAGGUGAAUUAAAAAGUCAUCAGGUAACGCACACUGGAGAAAAGCCAUAUCAGUGUAAUAUUUGUUGUAAGUCGUUUUCUCAUUCAUCGAAUGUGAAAAGCCAUAUGAGAAUCCACACUGGAGAAAAGCCAUAUCAGUGUGAAAUUUGUUUUAAGUCCUUUUCUGAAAAUUGGUAUUUAAAAAGGCAUAUCAAAAAACAUAUUGGAGAACUUCAAUAUCAAUGUGAAAUAUGUUCAGGGUCAUUUCACACUGAGAGUAUUUUAAAGACACAUAUGAGAAUGCACACGGGAGAAAAACCGUUCCAAUGUGAAAUUUGUUUAAAGUCCUUUUCACAAAAAGGUGAAUUAACAAGACAUAAUUUAACGCACACUGGAGAAAAGCCAUAUCAGUGUAAUAUUUGUUGUAAGUCGUUUUCUCAUUCAUCGAAUAUGAAAAGCCACAUGAGAACGCACAGUGGAGAAAAGCCAUAUCAGUGUAAACUUUGUUUUAAGUCGUUUUCCCAAAAUUGGUACUUAAAAACACAUAUCAAAAAACACAUUGGAGAACUUAAAUAUCAAUGUGAAAUAUGUUCAGGGUCAUUUCACACUGAGAGUAUUUUAAAGGCACAUAUGAGAAUGCACACGGGAGAAAAACCGUUCCAAUGUGAAAUUUGUUUAAAGUCCUUUUCACAAAAAGGUGAAUUGACAAGACAUAAGUUAGCGCACACUGGAGAAAAGCCAUAUCAGUGUAAUAUUUGUUGUAAGUCUUUUUCUCAUUCAUCAAAUAUGAAAAGCCAUAUGAAAACGCACAGUGGAGAAAAGCCAUAUCAGUGUGAAAUUUGUUAUAAGUCAUUUUCAAAAACGAAUGAUUUAAAAAGACAUUUGAGAACCCACACUGGAGAAAAACCACAUCAAUGUGAAAUUUGUUUUAAGUCAUUUUCCCAAAAUUGGUAUUUAAAAACACAUAUCAAAAAACACACUGGAGAACUUUAACAUCAAUGUGAGAUAUGUUCAGGUCGUUUUCCCAAAAUGGUUAUUUAAAGACACAUAAUAUAAACCACACUGGAGAACAAAAACCUUAUCACUAUGAAAUUUCUUUGAAGUCGUUUUUGUUUAAUAUACAGGGUGUCCCGAAAAGAUUGGUCAUAAAUUAUACCGCACAUUCUGGAAUCAAAAAUAGUUCGAUUGAACCUAACUUAUCUUAGUACAAACGUGCUCAUAAAAAAAGUUACAGCCCUUUGAAGUCACAAAAUGAAAAUCGAUUUUUUUCAAUAUACCGAAAACUAUUACAGAUUUUUGAUUGAAAAUGGACAUGUAUCAUUCUUAUGGCAGGAUCAUCUUAAAACAAAAUUAAAGUGAGAUUUGUCCACCCCACAAAAAUUUUAUGGGGGUUUCGAUCCCUUAAACCCCCCCAAACUUUUGUGUACGUUCCAAUUAAUUCAUUUUUGUGAUACCAUUAGUUAAACACAACGUUUUUAAAACUUUUUUGCCUCUUAGUAUUUUUUCGAUAAGCGAGUUUUUAUCGAGAUGCGGCUUCUUUUUUAAUAUAUUUACAUAAAAAUUUUAUGGGAGCUUUGUUUCUUUAAACCCACCAAAUGUUUGUGUGCGUUCCAAUUAAACGAUUAUUGUGGUACCAUUAGUUAAACACAGUGUUUUUAAAAAUUUUUUGCCUCUUAAUAUUUUUUUGAUAAGUCACCUUUUAUCGAGAUGUGGCUUCUUUUUCAAAAUAUACCUAAAAAUGUAAAUUAUAAAUACAUUUUCAGAUUAUUAACAGGUCUCUAUAAUCGUACUUAACCAUAUACAAAUAUGUGGUGGAUUCGAUAAAUAUUCAAAAUAUCUCGAUAAACACUGGCUUAUCGAAAAAGUCCUAAGAGGCAAAAAUGUUUUAAAAACAGUGUGUUUAACUAAUGAUGCCACACUAAUAAUUAAAUUGGAACGUACACAAAAGUUUGGGGGGGUUUAAGGGAACAAAACCCCCAUAAAUUUUUUAUGGGGUACACAAAUUUCACUUUAAUUUUUAUUUAAGAUGCUGCUGCCAUAAUAAUGACACAUGUCCAUUUUCAAUGAAAAAUCUCUAAGAGUUUUCGAUAUAUGAAAAAAUAUGAUUUUCAUUUUGUAAAUUCAAAGGGCUGUAACUUUUUUGUGUACACUAUUGUAUAUAGGUAAGUGAGGUUCAAUCAACCUAUUUUUGACCCCAGAAUCCGUGGUAUAAUUUAUGACCAAUGUUUUCGGGACACCCUGUAUAUAGCUGUGCAACAGCGUAGCAAGGGGCUGCGUACUAGACAUGGCAUGGCCAACUUCAAGCCAGUCAACAUGGUUAUUACUUGUAUGAUUUAUUGUAUGUUAGAUAUUCUAAUAAGUUUUAUAAAAAUAUAAGUUUACUCAGUACUUAC